CGCGCCCCCGGCCGCCUCAGGCACGCGCCGGGAGCCGGGCAACCACCCGGCUGUAGUCUCAACCCAAUGAGGGGCACCCUCCCUCGGCCCCGUGAGGUCAUCAGGCUCUGUCCCUGCAGCCGAGGGGCCAGAGGGGUUUCCGGGAAGGGGAUGCCAGACUGUGCAGAGGCAAAGCGGGCAGGAGGGGCUGCAGAAGGAGGCUUUGUGGGCGGAGGGUCCGAGCCCUCGGCGUCCGGGCUGACAGCCCACCACGCGCGGCGAGGCUGUGCAGACUCCGGUGUCGCGCCCAGGCCGUGGACGCAGACAGGUCUUGGGGGUCCCCUCUGAGCUCUGAUCCCCCGGCUUGGGCAUUUUGUGGGUUUCAUAGCGUCUUCCUGCCUUGAAACCAGCAGGACUGACAAACGGCUUCAGCCACGCUGUCUUUGCCCCCAGUCCCGGGGACCCGAGAGGGGCGUCCAGCUCCUCUAGGGGCAGAGGGAAGCCGAGAGCUAGGAGGCGCCGGGAGCGGAGGGCGCUCUCCGGGACCGCCACACUCCCGCUUCUGUGUGUCCGCGUCAGCGGAGUGGGCUCUCCGCUCUGACCCCUGGCGGGGACCGCGACGCCCGGCGGGCUCCUACCGCACGCCUCCAGGGGGCGGCUGACAGGGACCCGGGAGGGGACGGGCGUGGGGCGCGGCCUCGCCUCCCUCGCACCCCGCCUCCCCGGCGGCGGGGCAGGCGAUGUGGAGACGUGAAGGGACCCGCCGUCCGCCCCGGCUCUCCAGGGCUCCGCCAGCGCCCGCGCGUCCGUCCGCGCCCGGGGUGGGCGGCGAGCGGAGCCGGAGCCCCAGCCUCACCAUGGGACACAACGAGAGCUGGUUCUCCGCGAACGCCAGCGAGUCUCGCAACACGUCGGGCGCCGCGGCGGCGGGCGCGAACCGCAGCGCGCUCGGGGAGCUGGGCGGCGAGGCGCAGAUGUACCGCCAGUUCACCACCACCGUGCAGAUCGUCAUCUUCAUAGGCUCGCUCCUCGGAAACUUCAUGGUACUAUGGUCAACUUGCCACACAACCGUCUUCAAAUCUGUCACCAACAGGUUCAUUAAAAACCUGGCCUGCUCGGGGAUUUUUGCCAGCUUGGUCUGCGUGCCCUUCGACAUCAUCCUCAGCACCAGUCCGCACUGUUGCUGGUGGAUCUACACCAUGUUCUUCUGCAAAGUCGUCAAAUUUUUACACAAAGUCUUCUGCUCCGUGACUGUCCUCAGCUUCCCUGCCAUUGCUUUGGACAGAUACUACUCAGUCCUCUAUCCACUGGAGAGAAAAAUAUCUGAUGCCAAGUCCCGGGAACUGGUGAUGUACAUCUGGGCCCAUGCAGUGGUGGCCAGCAUCCCUGUGUUUGCAGUGACCAAUGUGGCUGACAUCUAUGCCAUGUCCACCUGCACGGAAGUCUGGAGCAACUCCUUGGGCCACCUGGUGUAUGUCCUGGUCUAUAACAUCACCACAGUCAUCGUGCCUGUAGUCGUGGUGUUUCUCUUCCUGAUCCUGAUCCGCCGGGCCCUGAGUGCCAGCCAGAAAAAGAAGGUCAUCAUUGCAGCCCUCCGGACCCCUCAGAACACCAUCUCUAUCCCCUACGCCUCCCAGCGGGAGGCCGAGCUGCAUGCCACCCUGCUCUCGAUGGUAAUGGUCUUCAUCCUGUGUAGCGUGCCCUAUGCCACCCUGGUCGUCUACCAGACUGUGCUCAAUGUCCCCGACACCUCCAUCUUUUUACUGCUCACUGCCAUUUGGCUGCCCAAAGUCUCUUUGCUGGCAAACCCCGUGCUCUUUCUAACUGUGAACAAAUCCGUUCGCAAGUGCUUGAUAGGGACUCUGGUGCAGCUGCACCAUAGGUACAGUAGACGUAACGUGGUGAGCACAGGGAGCGCAGUGGCUGAUGCCAGCCUGGAACCCAGCGUGCGCUCAGGCAGCCAGCUCCUGGAAAUGUUCCACAUUGGGCAGCAGCAGAUCUUUAAGCCCACAGAGGAUGAAGAAGAGAAUGAAGCCAGGUACCCUGGCUUGGCUGACUUCCAGGCCAAGGAGGUAGUUACCACUUGCCUGGAAGGAGAGCAGGUGACCCCUCAUGUGCCACCCCCAGGCACAGUGGACUCUACAUCCCAGGUGGCACCAGCAGGCCUCGUGGAGGCUGACACAUUCCCUGACAAACAUGCCUUGAAAGUUGGCUUUGGGCCUUUUGAAUUGCCCCCUCAAUGGCUGUCAGAGACCCGAAACAGCAAGAAGAGGCUGCUUCCGCCCUUGGGCAACACUCCAGAAGAGCUGAUCCAGACGAAGGCAGCCAGGGGCAGGGUGGAGCGAAAGAUGAGCAGAAACAAUAAAGUGAGCAUUUUCCCAAAGGUGGACUCCUAGCAAGGGCUGUGCGUUUCUGGCAGCACAGGGAGCUUCUAUAUUCCUGCCCUUCACUCUGGCCAUAUGAACUGUGAUGUCAUUGCAGACUUCUGUAGGGUGUUUCUUCCUAUAUGGAACACAUACUUUGAGUGAAAGAGAAAUUAUGUAAAAUCAAAUAUCCUUACUAUUGUGGGAGUAUCUGUAUUUAUCUCAAAGAUCAUGUGCUUGGGUAAGUCUCUGAGGGAUGAAAGCUGGGCACUUUGGAACAGAUCUCAGGGUAGGUGUUCCAUGUGCAUUUUCUGGGGUUUUCUCAUUUCCUUGGGGUGAGGGGAGAAUACUCAAAGAAAAGAGAUCCCUGAGUUCAAAGGGAAUAGAGAUCUCGAAGGCAAGGGUGUCCAACUGGGACCAGUGUGUGACCAGGGUGCAUAGCAGUAGAUGAGCAAAGCUUCAUCUGUAGUAACAGCUACUCUCCACUCUGGGCAUCACGAACGGGGCUCUGCCUCUCGGGGUGUGAACACACUGAGAACUGCACAGCUCCACCUUGGUUGUGUAAUUCAUUCCCUACCCCACCUCUCCCACUCCUGUGUGUGGAAAAAUUGUCUUCCACAAAACAGGACUCUGGUGCCAGAAAACCUGGGGACCACUGCUGUAAGGAAAGCCUAAGAUAAUUAUGUAGUGAAGCGGCCAAAAAAGAUGCUUGUUUGGGUAACAAACAUAAGAACCUUUUAUAUUGAGAAGAUAGGGAAGUGGCAUCAGGCAGCAUUUCUCUGGAAGCCCCAACCUUUAUGACUUACAUUCCCCUGCUACCCUUCAAUCCUUUCUCUGGAAUAUGAGUAAGGAAUGACUGUCUCAUCCCUGUGUGACAGACAUGGCAAUGGACAUGCCCAGGGCUAAAGGAGACUUGUCCUUGACUCUCUAGACAUUCUCUUGGCCUUCCCAAACCCCAGGAAGAGCAUCUGGACCUCCAGCCAUGGUCGGUGUCAGAUAGGAAACACUGCAAGUGCUUCACUGUAAUCCAUUCCUUAAACUUUAAGUGAACAAAAUAUUUGUUCACUUUGUUUUUUAAGUGAACAAAAUAUUUAGAGGUGGAGAAAAAGUGUGACAAACGCUCGUGGCACUGUGGUCUGCUCCACCUGAUCGCACAUGAAAGGUGCUAUGUUAUAAUCUGUAUGAGUAAAAUAUCUGGGAAAAACCACUUUACUCAAGUUUUUGAAUUACAGGAUGGUUAGAAAUGCAAAGUUAGCAUGAGCAGGGUCUGUUGGAAACAUCCAUCAGGCUAAACUGCCUAAUUAGGAAAGGUGAUUCUGUCUGAAAGACUGCAAGGCUCAUAUUCAGUGUGUGGUCCAACUUUGGUUCUCACAGAGCUGUACAGAACAAGAAGAUGCAAUCACUGUAAGCUGCCAAGUCAACACCCAGCCUGGGCAAGCUCUUCACCUUCUUCUUCCCAAGGAAGUUUUAGUAGGAGCCAGAGUAUCUGGAGGAGGGAGGGCAGUGUCCUCAGCUCCCUGGUUCCGGGGGAGACUCCCACAUGCAGUUUGAGUUUGCUCUGGAAUUGAUCUCACCAGGCUGAAUUCAAACCUAGUAUUUUAUCCCUAAUGAUGGCAAAUCAAGUGCCAACCUUGUCUUUCUUUCUAGGACAGUGAUAGUGAACCUUUUAGAGCUUUCAGUGAUAACAGACAGCUCUGGCGCACAUGCUAUAGGUUCUCAGUCAUUGCUGUAGGGUGUUUUGUUCUUUUUAAUGGUCUGUCGAUCCAUUGAGCAAGCUUGAAAGGAAGAAAGUGGGAGUCACAGGUAGAUUCCCACAUGCCCAAGGCCGUGAUCCUAACACAUCCCCUCCUUUAGCUGUGCAGGGCUCUUGUCCCUUGGAGGAAGCUCAGCCUGUAAGAGAGGAGUUUCCUUUUUCUUCUCUUGAGUGUGGUGUCUUGAAACUCCUGAGUAUGAGCCCAAAGAUCCUCACCCCCAGAGUAGGAGCACCUUCCUCCCUGUGUGUGUCCCCUCACAGUGUAGAUUGCUCACAGAAGAAGCAGGACCAGCACCUCUCUCGAGGCUCUGCUGCUUCCUGGACCCUGUGUGCCUGCCACCUGUUGCUUCUGGCCCUACUAUUUAGGCUGUAGCCCUUCAAAUCUAUCUUGCAAAGCUUUCAUAAUUGUUGCAACUUUUAUCAAAGAAAAAAGCAACCAGGAAAUUCUAUCCAGCCUGUCAAAUGUAGUCCUUUGGUGUUGUCCUGACAAUGUGUGUGAGUAUGUGUGUAUGCAAACUAAAUAAAUUCUGAUGAGGUAGAAUUUGGUUGGGUAGAUUUCUCAUGUAUGUUUGAAGCAGAUGGUUAACUUCCAACAAAUGUAUUUCUAUACCCUUUGAAGAACAACAUUUUAAUAAAAAUGUAAAAGCAGUUAAAAA